GACCGAUAGAUCUGCUGUUACCCUUGGAUAGUUCUUGGAAUACAACCAUGAAAUUGCUGCAGAAUUCAGAGGACGCAAAGGCACAAAGGAAGAGCCUCAAACCUCAGGUGGAGAGACGUCGAAGAGAGAGAAUGAACCGCAGUCUGGAGAGCCUAAAGACGCUUUUACUACAGCGACAGGAAGCGACUCAGCGCAGAGUGGAGAAAGCUGAGAUACUUGAGCACACAGUCCUCUUCCUCCAGAACACUGUCACAGGAGACAAGACGAGAGCUGAAGUAGGUGGUGGAGGAGGAGGAGGAGGAGGCCAAAUACACUCCUUCCAAGACGGUUUCUCAACUUGCCUGCAGAGAGCUACUCAGUUCCUGGGACCCGAAGGGAAGCACCUGUGGCUUGGAGCAGCACUGGAUGCGUCUUUUGCAGCUCGCUUCUCCCGUUCAGACUCUGAUUCCACAGGCGUCCAAAGAAGAAAUGAAGCCCAUUCCUCCUCCAGCUCUCUGAGUCUCAGAAAGUCCUCCAGGUCCAUUCUUCAGUUGCUGUUAAACAGGUCCGCACACAAACUGUGCACGCCUGCCCUCACCGCGGCCAGUUGUGUUCAGACCCGCGUAGAAUCACCUCGCUCUCCUCCCACGACUCCCCAGCAGACCCACAAAGUGGCGAGUCGAGCGAGUAAACAGAGCCCGUCCCAGAGGCAGCCGGUCAGCCAGUCACUGUGGAGGCCCUGGCCCUGAUCACCACGCAGUGACUGCAGAAACUGAACUUUUAUUGACUCUAACAUGCUGACUAAUAUUCCUACAACAGCAUGUGUUGUUCAUUUGACUUUCUACAAGGACAUUCUCAGUGCAAUGUAUUGAACACGGGCCUCUUGCUUUUUUGUAAAGUCUGAUAAAUUUGUAGAUAUUGUAAAUGUAUUAUGA